CAGACGAAUCGGGCUCUUUAGCGUAACUAUGUUUGUAGUGUACACUGUAAUACCUUACUUACUAUGAGGCGGGCAUUCUACUAUAUAAGUAUAGUAUCUCUCUACCCAAGUUAUUAUUACCACGGCACGGACCCCAGCUGAUCCCAGCUGACUCGAGCUCGUCAUGUUCUAGCAUUAUCGCAUGAUGUCAUGAAACUGCCUUACAUUACACCCUUGAUUUCAUUAUACCCUUCGCUAGUGCUGAGCCUGGCAUUUGCAUUAUCAUUAAACUCGACUCGUCACACACUCCAACAGAGCUCACUGUACCGAAACAUAUAGGUAUUACAAUCGGAGCUUAGUAAUAGCGUUCUCAGGACAGGAACCCCUACACACAACGGUUCACAGCGCGGCAUGGCGACAGCGCCCCGAGACUGUUACCAUGUAAUUAGCAGCCCUGUACAGCCCUGACGAGACAUUCCAAAUUUUGACAAAUUUCAUUUCGCGUCACAAGUUAUCGUCAGCAACCCGCUUACCUCCCGCCCACUUUGGAGAACCCUCCCUAAAACGGAAGCCCGUUGGAACGAAAGAGAAACAAAGGAAGGACAAUAUGUCCCCUGUAUUCAGGGGUGGCGCUUUUACACACACCGUCAUCGACGCUAGAUUGGCCAUGCCGAAAGACAUCUCAUUGGCGCCAAGACAAUUGACUGUCACCAAGAAAACAUUCUUAAGCUCCCCCUGUGCCCUCUCCCCUCCCCUCCAUCAUUCAUCACGAAGAAUAACAGCUCGGUAUCUCUCCGUCCCUGCGACCAAGGCACCACGAGUAAACACCUUACAUCCUCCCAUCCGCAGUAUCCCGCAACUUCAUCGACGUAACGCCACCAUGUCUGAGAAGCUCAUUCCGAAAGAGCCUUCCAAGGUUCAGGUAAUCCGUAACGUCACACCCAACGUUGUUACCGUCUCUGUGCCUUUCUUGAGAUUCGAGAAGAUCCCCAUCGGUGGCCGUGCUACUAUCAUCAAGCUGACUUCGGGCGCUCUCGCCGUCUUCUCUCCCGUCGCUCUUACUGAUGAGGUGAAGGCUAAGAUCACCGAGCUCGGCGGCAACGUCGGCUACCUCAUUGCCGGUGAUCUCGAGCACCACAUCUUCUUGACGCAAUGGAAGACCGAGUAUCCCGCCGCCAAGCUGAUCGGUCCCAAGGGUCUUCCUGAGAGACGUAAGGCCAUUACCAACGAUCCUAUGAUUGGCAAGGAGGAGUUCGACUUCUUGUACGAUGAGAAGAACGCCCACUCGGCCGCCAUCAGCGACGAGUUCGCUGCUGACUUCGAGGUCGAGUUCGUGACCGCGCACAAGAACCAGGAACUCGUGCUUUUCUACAAGCCCGACAAGGUCUUGAUCGAGGCUGAUCUGAUGUUCAACCUACCCCCCACUGAGCAGUACUCCAAGGUGCCUGAGCAGAAAAACACCGGCGGCUUGCUCAAGAAGAUCUUCUACAGCCUCAACUCGACAGCCGGCCCAGCCAAGGGUCACAAGCGGCUGAUAUGGUUCGCCAUCAGCAACAGCAACAAGGACCGCCCUGGCUUCAACGACAGCAUCAAGCGCAUUCACGGCUGGGACUUCAACACGCUGAUCCCGUGCCACGGCGACACCAUUGAGGGCACCGGAAAGGAGACCUUUGCCAAGAUCUUUGACUGGCAUAUCAACGGCAAGAAAUAAUUGAUUUCUGCCGCGGCCUGUUUCAAAGUAAACAACACAAUACCCCAAGCCAAAGCGUCGUUCAUUGAAAUUUACCGAGGAAAAGGCUUUCUCUUUAACUCUUUUCUUAAAAGCAAAAUUCUCUCGAUACCCCUCUAUGAUACCAUUGGAUAUAAUAAGAAAUUUAGGUGAAAAAAGGGAUGGAACAGGAAAGGAAGGAAAGGAUGAGAUGAGAAGGGAGCAAGGCUGGAAGCUGCUGCAUGAGUGGAACUCGAACACAUAGUAGUAUGAUACCAAAUGCAUAGACCUUUCUUCUUGUUGUCGCAUAUAUCUGAUCUUCUAUCUCGCACGAUGACUCGUUGGUACUCGCUUGCCAUAGCUGACAUGACGUGCAGAUAGGUCCAUCUGCCGGGAAGCUGUAGCAUAUGGUAAUGGUGUCGUCAGAUUCGUAUUAACGAAUCGCAUUGCCACCUAGCUUGCGAGGAAUGAGAAGCCUGCAAAGCAUCGUAUAUAUGCAGUGUACCUACAGUGGUAGGCAAAGUGGGCCUGUUGUCUGAUAUGUAGGUCUACUAUGUAUGUCGAAGGAUUUUAUACCUUACACAUUGACAUGCGGGUUUACUAAGCUAUUCUAUACUCCCUAAUUGUAGAUGGGCAAAUUCUAAUUAACAAUCACGUCGGGUUACACCGCUGGCACUGCUUCACCGGGCUACUGCUUCUUACUAAGUACAAACGAAACAGUGUUUGA